AUGAAGAUCUUUCUGUCUUCGUGGCUCGCAGCAGCCUGCCUGUUCCCAACAGCUCUUGCAUUCCCUCAAAUGAGCGCCGAGCAGCUCAAGACUUAUCAAGAGCACGUGAAGCGAAGCCCUGCAGCAUGCCCUUACUCCCAAGAAGAGAAGAGGGAUGCAGGCGAAUGCCCCUUCGCGAAAGAGAAGCGAGCUGCAAAGUUCGAUUCCAAGAGACAGCGCAUCAGUGUUUCUGGCGAGCACGAGUUCCUGCCUCCCAACCUCAAAGCUGGCGAUCAAAGAGGGCCUUGCCCUGGACUCAAUGCCUUGGCUAACCACGGCUAUCUUCCAAGAAACGGUGUCGCAGACAUGCAAACCAUCAUCAAGGCUACCAACGAGGUAUACGGCAUGAGCCUUGACCUCGGUGGUUUCCUCGCCGUCUAUGGCACCGUGUUCAACGGCAACCCAGUCUCCCUUAACCCCGGCUACUCCAUCGGCGGUCCAAGCCGCUUCAGUCAGAACAUUCUCAACGGUGGCGGUAUUCUCGGCACUCCAUCUGGCCUCAGCGGUACUCACAACAAGUAUGAGUCCGAUGUCAGCGCCACCAGAGGAGAUCUAUACGUGACUGGCAACAACUUCCAUGUCAUCCUCGAGCGCUUCGUGGAGUACUGGAGUGCUAUCCGCGAAAAUACUCCUGCGCCUGAGCAAUACUCUGCUCUUGCACCCUUCCACUACAAGCGCUUCCAGGAUUCGGAAAAGACCAAUAGUCACUUCUUCUAUUCGCCCUUUGCUGGAGUCCUAGUCUCACCCGCUGCAUAUUCCUUCCCCCCUCGCAUGAUGGCCAAUCACUCCGAUAAGUAUCCUGAAGGAUAUCUUUCGCGUGAGGUCUUUACCAGUUUCUUUGGUGUCAAAGGCAGCAAGCCUGGCAACUUCAAGGUCAACCAAGGCUGGGAGCGCAUCCCGGAGAACUGGUACCGCUGA